CGCGAGCCGCUCAUAGGAUAGACCACCCUCAAAAGCUCAGGAUGUCCGGUGCAUUGCUCCAGGCUCUCAUACUACAGAUCACGACUUCCUGUUGAUUCCGUCCGUUGACCCAUGGCUACGAACUCAACUAAUACCACAAUUGCCCAUUAUAAGGAGGAGAUCUCGAGAGUUUUGAUGGUUGCCACUGUUACGGCACCAGCAUGGAUGACCGCAGGACUUGUCUUAAUUGAUGUAUACCAUCAUCCGUCACGUUACGACCUUCAUAGCAAGCUUCAUCCUGUACCACUUCCUCCGCCGUGGAGUCACGCAGCUACGUGAGUCUUCCCUUGGAGAAAGACUCGGAGUGCACGAGCUUCACUCUAUGGUCAGUACUGGUUCAUCUGUCACUCUGCUGUACAACCUAUCAAUGAACAAGCGCAUGAGGGUGGUGUUGACGAGGACAUUGGCAGUGGUUGCUUUUGGAAUUCUCAACAUGGUUGGUAUUGAGCUUGCGUCAACUUUUACCGAUUCGUAUCUGGAAUUGUCCACGAACGUUACGAGGACCAGUGUCUCUGCACAGUCCUUGCUCUUCAAUACUUACAAUGUGACGAAUGGAGUCUAUACCGUGACACCCGGCAAUGAUGGCUCAUGCGACUAGCAGAUGUUUCGACUAGCUAUGAUGGACGAGACGAUCCCUCAGUCGAAUGGCAUCGCCCUUCCAGC